AAUUAAUACAUGAUUAGACUUUAUUAAUUUAGAUUGCUAGAACAGUAAUAUUCAAUAUAAUAUAAAUGUGUGUUUGAUGCGAUUUAGUUUUUUGUGAAUUUGAAAAUGACAAUAAAAUCAAGCUCAGAGAGCAAUGGUAUUUUAUCUGGGUCUUGGCCUUUUUUGUGUUUUUUGUUAGGUUCUUUAUGUAUACCAAUUACUUUGCCAUGGAUUAUAUGUCAAUUAGUUUCAAAAAUUCAGUUAAAAAAACAGAGAGCGGAUCUUCAAGGAAAGGUAGUUGUAAUUACUGGGGCAAGUAGUGGUCUUGGAGAAGCUCUUGCACAUUCAUUUUAUAAAGUGGGAUGCCAAGUAGUUCUGGCAGCUAGAAGGAAGGAUGAGCUGGAACGUGUUAAACAGGAAUUGAUGCAAUCUUAUUCAACUGUUACAACAUUGCCUCCAAUGGUAUUGCAAUUGGAUUUAUCAGAUCUUAAAAGUAUUCCAAGUAAAAUGAAUUAUGUACUUGAUGUAUUCAAACAUGUCGACAUUUUGAUAAAUAAUGGUGGAGUUAGUCACAGAGGAGAUGUUUUAACCACAGAUAUUGAUGUUGACAUUAAGGUCAUGUUGGUGAAUUAUUUUGGGAUGGUCGCAUUAACUAAAGCUAUUUUGCCAUCAAUGAUAAGCAGAAAGAAAGGACACAUUGUUAGUGUGAGUAGUGUCCAAGGAAAAAUAGCGAUUCCUUUUAGAUCAGCAUAUGCCGCUUCUAAACAUGCUAUGCAGGCAUUCUCUGAUUCUCUGAGGGCUGAAGUUAGUAAAGAUAACAUUGAUGUUACCGUUGUUAGUCCAGGGUAUAUUAAGACUGAUCUCAGUAUAAAUGCGGUUACUGGAACUGGUGCUAAAUAUGGAGUUAUGGAUGCUACAACAGCAUCAGGAUAUGAACCUUCAACAGUAGCAGAAACUAUUGUAAAUGCAGUGGCAAAUCGAAAAAAAGAUGUUAUUAUAUCUACAUUAUCUCCUCAGCUGGGCAUAUUAUUACGCACUGUAUGUCCUUCAUUUUAUUUUUGGCUCAUGAAAAAUAAAGCAAAAAGUGGUACAAAUUUUUAA